AUGGUUCAUCACAAGUUCAAGGCCUUCCGCGACAACAAUCCAGAUCUCUCAGCCAUCUGUCACGUCGACUUCUUUGACAGUGCUCCUGAUUUAUCAGAAGCAGACGCAUGCCAUAUUUGGCUGAGCUGCUUGGCGGAAAUGGCAAAGGAUGCAGACCCAGCUACAAAGGCGUCCAUGGCGUUGUUGAAAGAGAAGUAUCUCAAGGAUAAAAAAAAUGGAAAUUUGAGGCGGUACUGGGACCGACGUAAACUCGAGCAAGAAGCAGAGAAGUCACAGAACGAGGCCACAAUGCAGACUGCUAUCACAGUAAACCGCACGGCAACGAGAGUCGUGCAGUCGGCAGAGAAGCAGGUCAAUGGUCAUCUCGAGAAGAUUGACAGCUCCGUCUUUCCAGACGAUGAAUCAUCUGGUCAGGCUGCUGUUAGGACUUCUUCAGUGUCCUCAUCAUCGUCCCUGUCAACACUGUCGUCAACAGCAUUGUCAAGUCCGAAGAAGAGGAAGCGGUCGACUAUGGUUGGAGGCUCGAUGUCGACAAGGAUCGAAGACGGUGGAGAGUCUCUUUUGAAAAGUCGGAAAGAGCGCUUUGCCGCCAUGAAUCCGUCUCGUUUCUGGAAGCUCCGAAGCGGUAGAACAGUUGAAGAGAUCCUCUACAUCUCAAGCUUGAACAUGGAUGCCAAUUUUAAAAUGCGGUCAUAUACGAUUGAUUUUGGCUGCGAGAGGACGAAGGCUGCCUUCUCCGAUGAUGAAUGGAUGGAGAUGGAAGAGUUGAAUGAUUUUCAACUACCAAAGAUACCAGAAUCGACCCGGCGUCUUCAAUGCCUCUGGUGUCCAAAGGCAUAUCAAACUCGGAAGGGAGUAAAGACCCAUUUCUCUACAUGUCCUGGAUUCAACGACCUCUCCUUUCCUCGGUCGUGUACUGUGUGCGGAGUCAAAAUUGAGACCGCCAAGGCUCUCCAACUCCACAUUUUGGAUUGCAAGUCCUGGCCUGAAGAGGACGAUGAUUUCAGCGAGCUUGACGCCCAGCUGAUUGCGAAAACUGGGCACCCGGCAACUGCUCGAUUCGUGAACGACCUGUUUGAGCAAGCGGAGGUUACGCUGCCGAGAGGCGAAAAAGUGUACGCCUACCUUCCGGUCGGCAGUUCCAAGCGAUUGGGUGACGGAACGGAAGCAUACAUUCGUCCGAUGAAGCGCCGGUCAGAUAGAGUCAUUGUUGAUUCGAAGUUGGAGCUUUCGCUGAGAUCGCACGCCUAUUGUUCGUUGGUGGAUAUCGGGAAUUACAAGGCUCUAGGAGUCAAGGAUCCAAUUUGCACCCUGCGGUUCUCAGAUCACAGCAAGCAGCUGGCAAGGAAUGUGUCAAGUCCUUUGAUCCAGUCAGGCGAUGACGUCCUUCUUUGCCUCAAGGUCGAGGUGUACGGGCGUCGUGAAAGCGAGGAUGCCCACCACAUAACGAAGCUAGGACAUCCGAACAGCAGCAGGCCUUUCAAGGUGGCGAACCGUACUCAUGACAACACGCAGAUGGUAAUCAUUGGGACGGUGCGGUGGAAUGCCUUGGUGACAAUGGCGGUUUUGGUGACAAGUGGCAGGGUGAUUGUAGGGUCACACAAUCCCUGGUUCCAUCCUCAUGCAGCAUCACACGUAUGGCUUCUGAAGAAUGGAGACGAAGACCUUAACAACAACGUGGAACGGCAUACGCGCUCCAAGUUCGACCAAGCGUCGUCGUACGAGUUGUUUGCAGCCGCGCACCCUCGAUUUCUGGGCCAUUGCACCCUGCCAGUCACCUUGAGCACUCUCUGGGACUUCAAGUAA